CAACUUUUGGGUAUAUGCAGUUGCUUUGGCCCCUUCAAGUUGGUCAUGAAAGCUCUUCAUUAUUCAUACAUUUCAGGGUGCUAACAAGAGUAACUGGUGAAGUCUUUGAAAGUAGGCAUCAAUAACCUGCCUCCGAACUUCCUGUUCUCAUCCUAUUUCAGCUAGCUUUCCUUCUAUCCUGUUUCGAAAAAGAAAAAAAAAACAAAAGGAAAAUAAAAAGAAAAUCAUUCAACUUCCCCUGACCUGAACUCUUGUCCGAGUUUGAUCUGUAUCCUUCACCAGGCAUCUCUCAGGCUUGAAGCAUGCUUGCAUCACUAAAUUGCAACACUGGAGACAUCCUAGCGUCUCUUUGUCCGAAUUUGGCUUCUCUAUAUGUUGAUCUUUCUUCUAUGAGAAACAUCACCUACCACAAAUAAUUUGUACAUGUACCGCAGGAAGUCUAUGCCUGCAGCAGUAGCCGCUAAAAUCACACCCUUGCAAACUCACCUCCUCUCCUUGCUGAAAGGAUGCCGAACCAUAGACCACCUCAAGCAAAUCCACUCCCUUCUCGUCACCUCUGGCCUCCCCGGAGAAGCCUUCCCCACUGCCAAAAUCCUCCAUCUGGCCUCCCUCUCUCUGCCCGCUGACAUCUCCUACGCCUCUCUCAUCUUCCAUCAAACCUACAGACCCCAUGCCUCUCUUUAUAAUGCCAUCCUAAGAGGGUACUCGUUGCGCUCCCACCAUGAUAAAGCCGUCACUCUUUACUCCCAAAUGCUUCGAGAUGGAGUUAUUCCUAACGAGCACACAUACCCUUUGGUCCUCAAAUCCCUCUCCAGAUCUCAAAACAGAAGUCCAAACCAAAUCCAUGCCCAAAUUUCGAAGCUUGGGUUUGAUAAUAACUCCUUUGUACAGAAUUCUUUGGUCGCCGUUUAUGCUAAAGCUGGUGACUUGGGCUCUGCUCGUGAGCUGUUUGAUGGAAUUCGUACUAGAGAUUUUAUCUCUUGGACAGCCAUGGUUCAUGGGUACGUGGAUAAUGAUCGAGCAGUGGAGGGUCUCGCUCUUUUCGCUAAGAUGAGGACUGCCGGUGUUGAGAUUGAUGAGGUGACUGUUGUGAGCGUCCUUAAGGGUGCUGCAAUGGUUGGGGAUGUUUGGCUUGGGAAAUGCAUCCAUGGCUUCUACGUGGAGUGUGGGAGGGCGAAGCGGGAUGCGCAUGUAGGCAGUGCACUUGUGGAUAUGUAUGCUAAAUGUGGCUAUUGUGAUGAUGCUAGAAGCUUGUUUGAAGAAAUGCCUUGCAGAAAUGUUGUCUCUUGGAGUGCAUUGAUUGCUGGCUGUGUUCGGUGUAAUGGGUUCGCGGAUGCUCUAUCUUUCUUCCAAGAUAUGCUCGUCGAAGGAGUGAAACCCAAUCAAGCGACGCUGGCCACAGUUUUGACAGCCUGCGCUCAACUGGGGGCAUUGGAGCAAGGGCGAUGGAUUCAUGGUUAUGUAGAAAGGAACAAGUUAGAACUGAACUCCAUUCUUGGAACAGCAUUGAUAGACAUGUAUGCUAAAUGCGGACACAUAGAUGAUGCGUUCACAAUCUUUCAUGCAAUACCUGAGAAGGAUGUGUACUCAUGGUCUGCCUUGAUUGGUGGAAUGGCAGUGCAUGGACGUGCCUCGGAGUGUUUGAAUCUCUUCUCGGAGAUGGUAAAGGAAAGGGUACAGCCUAAUGAGGUUACCUUCAUAGGUGUUCUUUCUGCAUGUUCUCAUGGGGGACUAGUAGGUCAAGGGCAAAGUUAUUUUAAUUGUAUGAUGGACUAUGGGAUCAGACCUAAGUUAGAGCAUUAUGGCUGCAUGGUUGAUCUAUUAGGGCGAGCAGGACGGUUAGACGAAGCAUUACGUUUGAUAGAAAGCAUGACCAUGGAGCCAAGUGCUGGCAUAUGGGGAGCUUUGCUUAAUGCCUGCAUGAUCCACAAAGAUUUUGAUUUGGGUGAAAGGAUAGGGAAGCAUCUUGUUAGAAUGGAGCCUCAUCACAGUGGUAGAUAUGUACUUUUAGCCAACAUCUAUUCUCUUUCUCACAAGUGGGAUGAAGCUGCCAGUCUAAGGAUGACCAUGAAGGGAAGAAGGGUGGAGAAGACUAGGGGAUGUAGUUGGAUAGAAGUAACUGGUGCUAUGCAUGAAUUUGUUGCCUUCGACGAGUCGCAUUCAGAAUCCAAUAACAUGUAUGAAACUUUAGAUGGACUGACCAAGUUGAUAAAGUUGGAUGAGGCAUGAAGCUUGUCUUUUAUGUUUCUUUUUCUUCUGUAAAUGAAAAUCAUUAUUAAUUCUCAAUGUAUUUCUGGUCUUUGUUUCCUUUA